ACCAUGACUCACCAGAAGCAAAAACAGUAUUGUUCAACUCAUGGAAUUUUUCAUUGCAUUGGUUAGCCAUCGGCCGGCUUGUAUAUAAUACCGCCUUUGCCUGCGUAAAGAGAUUCGAAUUAAGAACCUCCAUAAGUCUAUGGUCUUCUAGGAUCAAGAAUGGAGGAAGUCCGUCGGGAGAUAUAACUGAUGAGUUGAUUGGAUAGACAAAUGGCUUUGUAUGGCUCUACUUGGUACCUGAUUGAAUCAGCCCUCCUCCCAAAUGGGUUACGGAAGUGGUUUUAUUUGAGCUUCUAUAUCCACCCUCUCUUUCUCGUUGCAUGCCUGAUUUUUCUCUUUCUCAAGACUCCGUUAGAUUGGGUCUUGUCUCUCAUCCUAGCCUUGCUCAGGAUAGUUCUGUUUCCGGGGAGUCAUCUCUAUGGUUCAGCUAAAUGUGCCGUCUUCUAUUGUUUUCGGUCCAAUAGAGUCGGUGACUAUCAAAACGAUGGUCAAGAGGUUGAGCAUCAUGAAGUUUUGGAGACCGCCGAUGAAAGUGUUACGGAAUUUCUGUCUUAUAGCUUCUCAUUUGCAGCAUCAGCUGUGACAUGCGAGCUAGAAGCAGAGUUUAUCCCUAGGAAAUAUGAGGAAGUCGAAGAAGAGCAAGUUCGCUUCGAAGAUGCUACAGAGGAGCUCGAAGUUGAACCAUGUAUUGUUGUUGAUGCCUGUCAAGAUGACUUUAAUGUUGAUGACAAUGAGUACAUGCGCACUUUGUCUAGUCCUGAAGUUGAAGUGAACUUGAAUGAGCAUGCGUCUUCCUUUUCAAUGUCAAACUUAGCAACAGAAGAAGGUUUCUCUAUGGACGAGUGUCCGCUUCCGAGUUCGGUUUUUGGUAGCUUGGAUUUGCCCCCUUUGGGCUCUGAACCAGUAGGCUCUGAUAUUUUGGCAGAGACACUGGAAGAAGACACCGAUGUAAAUCAGUAUUCAACUUCGACCUGUGAGACUCAUGUUCCGCCACUGUCAAUGCUUAGAGAAGUUGCCGAUGACGAUGGAACAAUCGAGGCUGAUCCCUUCUACAGGACGUACAUCGAGCGCAUGGGAUGGUUCGACACCCUCAAUGGCGAAAGGACCUGUGGAAUCAGUGCGAUGCUGCAAAAGGAAUUGGGGACUGCUGGUUCACCUCUGAACAGCAUUGAGUCGGCCAAUUUCACCAUCCCUCAAUUCUCACUAACCAAACUCUCGAAGCAGAGACUCUUGAGAAGCAUACAAUGCGACUUUGAGCUGGUCUAUGUGGCUCAAGCAUGCUUGUCAUGGGAGGCUCUCAAUCACCAAUACCAAAAGGUCCAAGACCUCACUCACUCUCCAACCUCUUCUCUCCAAUCCGCCUCGGUAUUUCACCACGAUCUGGCGGGUGAAUUCCAAAAAUUCCAAGUCCUAUUGGAAAGAUUCUUGGAGGAUGAAAGGUGUGAAGGGAAGAGAUACUUGAAAUAUGUCCAAGCAAGGUUUUCUCUCAAGAGUCUCCUCCAAGUCCCUGAAUUAACAGGAGGAAAAACGGUAGGAACAAAAGAAGCAGCCAUGGACCUGAAAGAAGUUGCCAACGCCAUAGAGAAGUGCAUAUGGGCCUUCUAUAUUUUCAUCAAGACUGAUCACGACAAUGAUAAGACUUGGUGGAAGCUCAAGAACUCCUUGUGGAGCUAUUCACCUGUUGAAGAUCCUAGAGAUCUCCAACUUCUUGCUGAUCUGAAUCAGACACACCGCAAGAAGACACUAGGGUUGAAGGAUUUGCGAGGGAAGCAGAGGUGUUGGUUGAAGAAGAGAACAAAGAUUGGCCCUCCUGCAGAGUCUCAAAGGAAAGAAAUUUUGCUCACGCUCGUUGACUUGGGCCUUGCUUCAAAAGUCCUUCACAUGUCCACAAUCUCCUCUUCUCAGCUCAAAUGGUGCCAAGCGAAGCUCGACAACAUCUCAUUCAGAGAAGGCAGGCUCAUUAGGUCACCGGCAUUCCAAUUAUUCCCAUUUUCCUGACCACAAGAUGCCUCUCUUAAAUUAAAUUUCAAGUCUAAGGACUUCCUUUUUCACUUUUACAAGAAAAAGGGAACUUCUGUUUUCUUUAUGCAUGUCUUUUUGGAGUCACAUGCAGGGUUUGCAUAUAUAUAAAUGCAUGUCUUGCUUUUUACAGCUACAUGCAGUUCUGGCUACAUCCAGUGAAGGCAAUAUUCUGUAACUUGUACAAUGUAACAUGUAGCAUGCGAAUUGUAUUAAAUUAUGAUUCACGUCA